AUGUUGCCCCCUGGCCGCCACCGAUUCAAUAUAGUGUCGGAGAAGGUCGCCGUGGUGAACAUGAAGAGCGUAUGUCUCGAUAUACCACCUCAGCGCAUGAUGUCAAAGGACAACAUGGAAAUGAAGCCAGACGCGGUGUGUUUCUACAACGUGUUUGAUCCGCAGAAGGCGAUCUUCGCCGUCCAGGAUUACGCUGAUGCCCUGAACCACCUGGCAACGGUGACCAUGCGCACAGUGGCGAGCGAGACCUCUCUUGCCGAGAUGUUCAGCGAGAGGCCUCGGAUCAACCGGCGGAUUGCUCAGCUCAUCGGCGAUGCCUCCGAGAGGUGGGGCAUCAGGGUGCACAGCUUCCACCUCAGGGGCAUCGAGGUCAGCGAGAGGAUGCAGCGCGCGCUGGCCGCGAGGGCAGAGGCGGGCCUGGAGGCCCAGGCGGUCUUCGUCGCGGCGUGCGCGCGGGGCAGCGCCGCCUCCAUCCUGUCGGAGGCGGCGGAGAGGAUGGCCGGGCAGCCCGGCGCCCUGCGCCUGCAGUGCUUCGACGAGGCGCUGCGGGCCGUCGCCGCGCAGGCCGGCGGCCCGCCGAGCGGCGCGCUCGCGCAGCGGCCGCAGCGCGGGGGUGGGCGGCAGAGCGACGAGGACCUGCUGAGCGCGCAGAGCGACGACGAGCUCGGGUACCACUCGUGCAGCGAGGACGGCGCCAGCACGGCUGGCUCGCCGAGCCCGGCCCACCGCCGGUUCACCGAGCCCGCCCCGGCGCUCGGGCCGCCCCUGGGCGUGGGCGCAGGCAUCCCCGGCGUGCGCGUCGGCGACUUCCACGCGCGCCAGGCGGCGCUCCCGCGCGGCGGCCACCCUCACUCUUGGGGAGCGCUCGAGGCGUCGAAGUUCGAUGUCCGCUCGAGCACGUACCUCGGUGACCGGAAGAAGUGCCCCUCGGCCCCUGCUCUUAUGGAUUUGAUCAACGUGGACUUCACGCUGGUUGGCGAGGACGGGCCGGUAUGGCGCGUCUGCGACCAUCCAGACAUGUUCCCUGCCCACCACGUGGCUUCGGGUGACGGGAGAUUUCUUCUCGUCCUGAAUUGGGUGUUCCCGCCAUACCAGGCCGUCCUUGCGGCGGCGGUGGACCCGGCUGCGCCGUGGCUCCUGGGCGACGACAGCCCGGAGGGUCGCUGUUGGAAGAGGUUUGUGGAGGCGGACGAGACAGGCAGGCGAGAUUUGUUCAAGAUGAUCGGGUCCAUCGAGCAGGGCCCAUGGCUAGUUAAGCGAGCGCUGCCGAAGAAGCCCGUGCUCAUCGGUAAAAGGGUCAGGAUGGAUACACGUUACGAGCCCGGCAGGCACAUGGAGAUAGUCUUCGACGUCUCGGGUGGAAGAGCCGAACAAUAUGCCUGUAACGUUGUCUGUGGCUCUCUCAAGAGGAUAGAGAUGGCAUUCACGGUGCUCAUUGAGGCUCGCGAGGAGCAGCAGUUGCCCGAGCGCAUGUUGAUGAGCGGCGCUCUCCGGAACUGCGACCCCUCGCUUUUGCUGUCCCCGCCGCCCGUGGGCGGCGCGGCCCCGCGCGACGGCAGCAGGACUCCCGUCGGCGUCAUGGUGCCGCAGCCGCCGCGGCCCGGCGUGUUGCGUGGCCCGCGCCGCCCCACGGUGGGCCUGCGGGCAGUGCGCAGCGAGUGCAAACUGGGUAAGCAUGCCAUUGUCGCGACGUCGAAUCGUCUGGCGAUAGACUUGCGCGAUCGGUUUGAGCCGAGUUGCAGCGUCGUCAAGGUCAUUGCCUCGACCUUGGCGUCGACGAAGCUGCAGGAACUCUGA